UGGUUGAGCAGGGUCUUUUCCUCUCGAAACUAACGGCUCAUAAUAAAAACCAAAAUAUUGGAUUAUUUUACUGGAUUAUUAUUUCUUUGGCUAUAUUGAUAAGAAGACUAUGGCAACCAUGAAGGUACAUGUCACGGUUUUGGUAGCAGUCGCAGCUCUGUUGAUUGGCAACGCCCAAGCUGGUGAUCGGCAGGUUCACUCGAGGAAGAAGAGAGCACCUCUCGAUGUCAGAAACUGCGAUGUGAGCCCACCGUAUUAUCCACCAACCACGGUCAUCUCUGAUGUGAAGUUAGAUCGCCUAAGGACUGAGAUGAGGACGAAUCUAUUCCAGUACGAGGCUUAUAUCAUCCCUGGAUACGAUGCCCAUGGGAGUGAAUACCCAGCCGAUCCCGACAGACGAAUCUAUUUUAUGUCUGGCUUCAACGGAACACAAGGUUUUGCCAUCGUCACCCUAGAGUGGGGAGCAGCGAUCUGGACGGAGCCUCAGUUUGAGCUACUUGCACAGCAGCAGUUAGAUUGUAACUGGCAAAUUAUGAUCCUCGGUGAUGAUGAUUUUCUGACCCCCUGGGAGUGGAUAAUCCGGGAUGACCGGACAACCGAUCCGGACGACAUCAAUUUCAUCCCCGGAGCUGGCAUGCCUGCCGGAUCACAAGUCGGUUUCGAUCCCCGCCUCAUGCCUUACAGGAACUGGUUGGAGCUGACCGAGACGAACCAUCUGGAGACUCGGACCAUGCAGUUUCGAACCCACGACGAAGAACACAACCUGGUCGACCUAAUCUGGGAAGAUCUAGAGAGCCCGAAAGACCCUUAUCCCGGGGAGAAACUAGAGGUGCAGAACGACUUCAUGGCAGGUUAUACGUGGAGGCAGAAGAUUUUCCAGUCGAUUCCUGAUAACCCGGACUACAAGAAUGUCCGACAAAUAAUGGCAGAGAGAGAUUGCGAUCUGCUCGUCAUUACAGGGCUUGACGAGAUUGCAUGGUUGUUUAAUCUCCGCGGAGAAGAUGUCCCAUAUAACCCUGUCUUUAUAUCAUAUGCAGUCAUCGGAUUCAGCUACAUCUAUCUGUACUUGUACGAUACUGGAGUGAGACUGGAUAAUGAACGCUACCCUGAGAUCCGACAGCACUUGGAGCUGGAUUCUGAGCAGUGUGGUUCAGAUCGCUCCACGUGUAUCACUGCCAAAGGACUUUCUUCUUUCUACAACGAUUUGACUAUCGACAACAAUCUGGUCACCUCCGAGAAAAUUUGGUUCAGCAAUUCAUCCAGCUACUUUGUAUACAAUGCUAUCAUGAACAAAAUCGACAGUGAUGACAGGAAAUACAUCAUGGAGCCAUCUCCCAUUCUUCUAAUGAAAGCUACCAAGAACGAUGUAGAAGUAGAAGUCAUGAAAGAAGCGAUGCUAAUUGAAUCGUCAACAAUGAUAGAAAUGGUCACAUGGAUGCAAGGACUGAUAGAGGAUAUGAAUGAUCCCGCGGUGGGCAAUGCGGAAGUUUUGACGGAAUACAUGGCGGCCGAGAGACUGCAGACUAUACGAGACUACCAAGGGUCGUACAUGUACCCGAGUUACGAAACGAUCUCGGCAUUUGGACCAAACAGUGCAGACUUUUAUUACCGUUCGGAGGAGAAUGAUCGUGUUCCGAUCACCACGGGCAAGAUAUUCCUCUACGAUAUUGGUGCCCAAUACAGAGAAGGGACCACAACUUUAUCGAGAGCAUUCUUUUUCGCCAAGGAAGUCGAUGUGUCCAAGUACUAUGACGUACAGGAACCAACAGACCUCGAGAUGGAAAUCUAUACGCGAGUGCUCCUAGGCCAUAUCGACCUGUGCAAUGCAUCAUUUCGCGCAAAUAUCUACGGUCGUGACCUCGAUAUGUUAGCACGUCAGCAUCUGUGGGACGUGGGCUUAGAUUACAUCCAUCCUACUGGCUACGGACUAGGACAGUAUCUUACUGUACAUGAAGAACCUGUCAACAUCGGAGACUACACACUAGAUGAAACAUUUCAUGCAAACAUGAUACUCUCAAACGGUCCCGGUUACUACAACAUCGAUCCAACCAGUGCCACUGACAACGACUUCGGAGUACGCCUCACAAACGUCAUGCGGGUAAUUCCAUCUGAAACCCCGUAUGGACAGGAAGGUGAGGAGUAUCUUGAGUUUGAGGUCAUUUCUUUUGUGCCUUUUGAACCGAGGCUGAUUGACUUUGAAAUGUUUACGAGAAAACAGCUUGAAUGGUAUAACAACUACAACGAACGAAUUCGAGAAGAGUUGGAUGGGAAACUUUCGGGUAAUGCACGUGAAUGGAUGCUCUCCAGGACGAGAUUCCAGCAAUACCGCUGGGAGUACAUCGGUGGAGCCUCAUCCAUCUCCAUGACAACGACCGCCAUCUUGAUUUCUCUAUGUUUGAUUGUAUCACAUCUCAUGUCAAAGUAGAAUUUGGUUUACGUUACCUUUUUUGUAUGUUUUGAUUGCAAAAUCGUGUCGAAUGAAGCUUUGUAUCUUUAAUAUGAAAAGGCGCUUUUUAAAUGUAAUACAGUCAAACCUGUUUCUAAUAGUGGCCACCUGUCAAUAUUGGUCAAUUUAAAUGUUUCCCUUGAGUGGCCGUUAUAGACAGGUUUGUUUUGAAUUAUUAAAUGAGGGAAAGGUAGACGCUAGUGUGAUGCCUGUUGCACAAGGCCUCCGUAUUGAUUGCUGUAUUGCCUAUGAUAAUCACGUAUGUAAAGGCGUUAGGCCAUUUUCGUAAUGGAUUCCAAUUUAAUGCACAAAUCUUUGUUAAAUGCCAUGUUACAAACCAAAUUCAUUCACCUGUUACGAACAAUUACAUUUCAGUGGUCAGAAUGCCAAUAACAUACAUUACUUGUUGUUAGGUCGGGCAAACCCUAAUGUUUGUCCUACCUAGCAACAAAUAACGUUUGCAACGCGUAUUAUGACUACUAAAUUACAACUAUUUGCAACAGGUAGAUGAAACAAUUUGCAUUAAGGCACUCCUCAAAGAUGUAUGCAUUAACUUUAGUUACAUUACGAAAAUAGCAUUUUUUGCACUAUAGAAUACAGAGUUCGCUGUAGAAAUGUUUAGGUUCGUACAUGAAGACAUUCGAAAGUUUAUUUCUAUUGUACCGUUGAAAGUAAGUCGAAAAAUUAAAAUUCGACCAAAAUAAAUCUUGACUUGUUGAAUCUCAUUCAAAACAAACUGAACGGUAAUGUUUUUACAGCAAUGAGUUAUGUAUCCAGAUAAACUAUCCCAUAUCCAUCAUAUAUUGUAUAUCCUGUGUAACGUUAUUGUGAAAGGCAAUUUGUGCAAUUUCAUGAAUAUUCAUAUUUAAGUUAAUAUGGUGAAUAUACUAGCUGUAACUUUAGCCCUAAACCAAUUGAUUGUAUCAAAAGGCUCUGUUCGAUGUUCACUCUAUAUAUUACGUGAUUAAUGAAAGUAUAUCGAAGCUUAAAACGGUAACCUUUAAUUAUUGGACUGGAUUUUCUAAAAUUUGAAAUAUCCGUUGACCAUAUUAAACCUUUAGUAAUAUUUCUUCUUUUCUAUGUGUUUGCUACAAUAAUAGCAAUAUUCUUUGAAAUAGACUCUUCAUGUUUCGUAUAAUAUUCCAUUGAUUACUGAGUUAUCUUUAUUUAGGCUUCAAAAACGAAUUUUUCAUUCUCUGAGCUACUUAUUUCUUUCUGUGUGUGUUAAAGAAAUUGACAUGCGUGUGAAUUUGGUUAGUUUACGACAAUAGAUGUACUACUGAUAGCAUUUGUAUAUAAUACACUUUCAACCUAAAGUAAUGAUUUAUUGCCUAUGCACCUUAACUAUGCUUUCAUGCUUUUUAUUGCUAAGUAAUUAAGUGCCUUGCUUAAAGUCCUUUCCCCCUUUUAAUUAGGCUUUAUUUGCAUGGAGUACAUUCACAAUAAUAGAGAUAGAGCAAAGAAAAUUCUUAGAACUGUAAUACUUUUUGAUUGGUUAAAUUUAUAUAUAUAUAUAUAUAUAUAUAUAUAUGUAUAUUUAUGUAAAACUAGUGCUACGCGGACAUUCUGUCGGUAUAUCCCCGUGCUACGGGGACUUGCCGCGUUACGGGGACUCGUAUAUGUCCCCGUAACACAAUCCCUUUCUGACGGCUCCAAUUCUUGGAUUUAUUGAUUGCCCUUUUAAACCAAGUUAGCAGGAGUAAAUUGUGAUUUAAAUCCGCUGGAAAUUUUACUGGAAACGCAUUUUCCUGUUUUUAAAUAAAGUUUACAAAAUAGUAUUGAUCUUCCCAAAGAUCAUGACGGACUCUCGAUUUCAAAGGCAAAAAGCGCCAACUUGCGUUGAAAUGUGAACAAUCUAGGGUUAGCUGCCUAGGCCAUAGGGCUAGCUAGCUAGGGUUAGGAAAACUCUAACAUUUUCGUACAGUAUUGAUUUUCGCCUGAUCGAGCGACCAGGAUAUCCGACUGCGAUGCGCGCCUCCUUAGCCGGGCCGGCCAGCCGGGCUGGUCGACUCGCGGCCCGAGAGGGUAGCUAGCUCUAGCUACUACUAGACUGGACGCCAAACGGUGACGUGAAUGCAUGCACAUUUUUGCAGGAUCGACAUGAUUGCUGUCGACGUGGAUGUCGAGGCAGCUUACUCGACGAGCUGGACGAAGGCUGUAUUACAAACCUGUGCAGCAUUUGAUCGAGAGGCUGUUUGAACAACCACAUACUAGACCAGCACUUCGACCAGCUUAGCAUCAGGAUGCAUGUCAAUGUGAAGAGGCUGUGAAACCUCUCCAAAUGCAGGUAACAAACCUGUGCAGCAUUUGAUCGAGAGGCUGUUUGAACAACCACAUACUAGACCAGCACUUAGACCAGCUUAGCAUCAAGAUGCAUGCCAAUGUGAAGAGGCUGUGAAACCUCUCCAAAUGCAGGUACCAUACCUGUGCAGCAUUUGAUCGAGAGGCAGUUUGAACAACCACAUACUAGACCAGCACUUAGACCAGCUUAGCAUCAGGAUGCAUGUCAAUGUGAAGAGGCUGUGAAACAUCCUUUAAUGCUGGGUAUCGAUGGAUAUAGGGUCUACCACACAGUUUAUCACCCCAAUGCAUCAGAGAAAGGACAUCAAUACUGAAGUGGGUAUGCAAAUGGAUUCCAUCUAUUCGAAACCAUGAAAGAACCUGCUAUGGCACAACCAGUAAUGAUGUUUCCCUCAAGCGGAAAGCAGUAGAGUGGACUUUCGUUUGAUUAGUCGCCACUAGCACCACAUAAUUCAUGUACAUACAGCAGGGGUGUGAAUGAUCCUAACAGACAGCCAUUACCAACAUGAUCAAGGCCAAAUUGAAUGUUAUUGAAAUGUAUGUUUUCCAUAAGUUUCAGUAAAUGGAAAGCAUUGUCACUUUUUGUUUAAAUUCCUAUCGCUUAAAGAGGUAGUUCAGUUUUGGUAAAGAGGGUGCUACACAAAAUAAUUUGUUUGUGAGAUAAUGAAAACCAAGUGUAAAAUGUAAAAUAUUUCCAGUCUGAAUAAAUUUGGGCCCCAAAUUUAUAAGAUGAUUUUUCUAAAAAUUAAUAAAAUGCUUACACUUUUCAAACAUUUUCAAAAGAGGUUUUUAAAUAGUUGUUGAUGAUUUCUUUAUAUCAUCAUUAUUUCAACACAACAUCACGAGCAUAACUUUGUAUGAAAAAUGGUUCAAACCAAUGUUUUUUUUAGAGCGCCUUCUUGUGUUUCAAUGGCUCUUUUUGAAUGAUGACAGGUUUUUUUUCUUCCAUAGUCUUCGUAAUUUUCUAUAACCUUCAAGCAUGGUGAAAUAAUAACUAUUAGAUUGUAGUGUUGUUGUUUUAUGGUAACUAAAGCUUAGCUCUACCAAAAUUGUACUACCCCUCUCAAGGGAAUGUCCACCAUUUAAAUCGUCUGAAUAUUUUCUCGUAGAUGGAUGGGGACGAAUUCAAUAUUCAAAUAAAAUGUCAGGUCGAACACCUGUUAUUUGGAUUCUACAAAUGAAAAACGUGUGUGUAGAUAUCAUCCCUUCCUCAAAAUACACAGCAGCCAUUAAAUGUGUUUAAUUUGAUUUAGCAUAAUGUUACUACAAUGUUGGAGUUUUGACAUAAAGAUAUUGUAUGGACAACAUUUCUUUCAGGUUUGACACGAACAAGUUCUCGAAAAUUGACAAUGAAAAUUACAUAUUAGCUAUAAGUUUUAUGAGUCCUAGUUAUUUUGUUUAGUAUUUGCUUGCACCAUUGUUCUAUCACAAUCUGUGUGCAGUUCAUUUGGUGAUUGACCUGUGGAGAUAAAAACAGUUCCUGUUGAAAACUCCUGUUUCACGUUUGACACAUGUAUGGCAUGUCGUGCACCAAAUUGCACCAUGUCAAGUAUAUAUGCAAAAUCUUCCUUACCGUGGGAGGGAGAUAACCCCCUCCCAAACCCUCCCCCUCCCCCCCCCCCCCCAAUCUGGCUCUGCCCCAGCCCUAUGUUGCUUCGCUCCCUCAGGCCUCAUUCUUGGCUCAAAGUUGGCAACCCUGGUACUGCAUGUGUAUUGAAUUGAAUUGAUCACUCCUUGAAAAUGUUUGUAUAUAUAUAUAUAUAUGUUCAAUAUGUCAGAAUAAAAAUGUAGUACAAACACAUAGUUUAAUCUUUACCGGGUAAUUGUAAUUAGUGAACCAUAUUUCAGUGUUUUCGAUAUACAUUUGUCAAUAUAUAAUACCAACAAAGUACAAACUCAUACAACAUAGGGCAAGACUAACUUUACAUAUUCAGCAAUCAUUAUGUUUAAUGUCCAGCUUUUUGCAAUGAUCUAGCUAAACAUACAACGUUCUUGUUCACAGUUGUUAUGCCUCCGCCAACACUAGAACUCAUAGUAAGGCAUUUUAUCAUGGAUGGAGUUAAUAUCAUAGGCUUAUUAGUACUUACAUACUCGUAAACUAACCAGAUAAACAUUGAUGCGUGUAUUUGAAAAUCAAACUUUAGUUCAUGUAAACAUACAAAAUAAACCUUUUUAUAUUAAAUUCAGCACA